ACGGGGUGGGGAGGGGGGCCGGCGAGGAGGGAGCCGCCUCUGCCAUUGGUGGUUGGAGCUGCCCAUUAGCUGCCCCCCCAGCUUCCUGCCUCUCCUCGCCCCCCCCCCGCCACCCUCCAGCCCCCCAGGAAGUGGCCCGCGCCGGUGGAAGCAUCUGCCGGCUCCAGCAUCCGAGCCCUGCCCCCUCCCGCCCUUUGCAGCGCAUCCCUGCAAGCGGCCAGCUCGGCAGCUGCACCAUCAUGGCCCGGCCCUGCGGGCGCGGGGGGUAGCCGGGCGGGGGCCUCCAGGCGCCCCUCCCCAGCCCUGCCCCCGGGAGGGGGCGCCGCGCAGCCAGGGACGAUGGAGAUCUCUCUAGGCCAGUGGCUACUUAUCCUGUUCCUAGUGGUUGUCCCGCUUCUGUACGAAUGGAGCGCCACCUUCAAGUAUUUCUGCAAGAUGGCCUUCUACAACAGCUACAUCCUCUUCCUGGCUGUCAUCGUCAUCCCGGUCUGUGCGCUUCGCGGACGCAACGUGGAAAACAUGAAAAUAAUCAGAUCCAUGCUGGUGCAUGUGAAAUACCUGUAUGGGAUCAAGAUUGAUGUGCGGGGGAUAGAGAACUUCAAUAUCAAGGAGCCUUAUGUGGUGGUAUCCAACCACCAGAGCUCGCUGGACUUACUAGGGAUGAUGGAGGUGCUUCCGGACCGGUGCGUGCCGAUUGCCAAGAAGGAGCUGAUGUACAUGGGCACAGUGGGCUUGGCCUGCUGGCUGGGGGGCAUCAUCUUCAUCAACCGCAAGAAGACCGACGACGCCAUUAGCGUCAUGUCCGAGGCCGCUCAAACGAUGCUGCGCGAGGAUGUUCGGGUCUGGGUGUUCCCAGAAGGCACCAGGAACCACAGCGGCUCCAUGCUGCCCUUCAAGCGGGGUGCCUUCCACUUGGCCGUACAAGCCCAGGUACCAGUCAUCCCAAUUGUGAUCUCCUCCUACCGAGAUUUCUACAGCAAGAAGGAAAGGCGCUUUGCUACAGGGCGCUGCACGGUCCAGGUCUUGCCUCCCAUGGCCACGCAGGGGCUGAGCGCUGACGAUGUGCCGGCCCUGACAGACCGGGUGCGCCAGGCCAUGCUCGUUGCCUUUGAGGGGCUCUCGGGGGAACUGGGUGCCCCGCAGUGACCCCCCCGUCCCCGACUCUCCAGCCCUAGAGAGUUCCAGGGUGGGGACUGGGAGCUGCUUUUGCCCGUGAGGAGCCGAGAAGGCGGGGCCGGAAUGGAAGAGGGGGGAGCUUAUUCCCAGCAACGGGACCAGGAAUGCGAGAGCCGUGCUACCGUCAAGCAUGGAGAGGACGGAUUGGCCGCUGUGUCUUGUCGGGGCGGGGCUUAACAUCGCCACGCCCACAAGGAGCUUGCCUAGGCAGAGUUGGUUCCAGCCGUGCUCGUUUCCACCUGCAGUUCUGGACCAGGAUGCUAGCCUAUUCUUCUCCCACCCCCCCUUUUGACCCCAGGUACAUGGUACAAUCCCUCCCUUUCGCUCCUUGUUUUGUUGCUGUGAAUCAUACUGCUCGGACCUCUUGGACUCAACCACUCCAGUCCCCACACGAGGAGGGGGGGGGAACUCUCCCACGAACUGGACCACAGGCACCGUAUAACACGAACCCCCCCUUUUAACUCUUAAUGGGAUGGAAGCAAGAGGGGGAGACUGUUCCAAGGAGUGUGAGGGAGGAGGGCUCUCUGGACAUGAACUGAGCCUCUCGGGACAUAAAAUGAAUCGAUGGUCCAGGACCGAUCCAUCCUAGCUUUUCGCGAAGGGAGCUUGAAGGAAUGGCUUCGUCAACUCUCGUCUGCUCCAUCCUCUCCCAGAGGGAUCCGUUUCCGACUCAGCCCAAGAAGGAAGCUGUGAACUCGAUCUGUCCUACUCUCCAGCGAGGGUGGGUCGGAUUUCCUUUUUUUGCCUCAAAAUGCCCUCCUUGGACUUGAACGAAGGCUCUGAUUGGGAAAAAAAAACACACCACCACGGCAAAGAUGGCUUCCCUCGUUGAUGGAGAACAGCGGGGUGGGAGAACGGGGUAUGCACUUGGCUCUGUACCUUCACCUGCGUGGGUGCGGGAGAGCAAGAAGGAGAUUUGCGUCUUGUGUGCGUGGGUGCGUGUUUGGGGAGGGGGCCGAGAUCAUGUGACUUGCUGCAGUUGAAUUUUGUUUGAGAGGUAAGUCUUGGGAUGUUCCACUUUGGGGGGGAGACAUGGGGGAGGGGCGUGAUGGAUCGUGCCAUGCAGGCAAGGGGGCAGGGGGAAGAAUACAACAUUGAUGCCUCCCGUCCCUUUCUCAGUGCUGAAAAAUCACCCUCCUUUCCCUCUUCCCUCCUCUCUCCUUAACCUGGGAUGAAUAAACACAACCCCCCAGCGGAAAUUUAUAGGAGGGAGGGAAGCCAUGCACUGGACUCUCUGAGGUGAGGAGGGUGGCCUUAAUCUCAGUUGAACUCAAGACGAAGUGGGUCUCUCUCAGGAGGGCAGGGAUUUUAAAGUAUUGGGAAGGCUCAAAGGGAACAGGAUUGAGAACAAUUGGAGCAAGCUGGGGUGGGGGGUCGGUCGGUCCUGAGGGGGUACAUAAUAGGCAGGAGUUAAAAAAACGGGAGGUACCGCAGACGUCUUUGUGCCAAGGCGCACCCCUUCUUGUGGGUGUGGAGAAAAGUGAAUAACAAGGCAGGGACCCCGGAAGCCAUGUAGGGGGAUGGGGUGGACCCAUGCUGGAGUUCCUCCAGAACAGUACAAGAAUCGGACAUCUGGGAAAACUGGGGGCAGGGAGAGGGGUGAGAGAUGGCUUUGCAAAUGGUGGUUACUGGCCCUGCCUACAUCUUUGGUGGGUAAGCUACUUGGAAGACAAGAAAAGCGAUAACGGUAGUUAUUCACUGAACAAUUAGUCGUUGGAGGUUUUGCCAAAUAUCCCCUGUUUGGGGAAAGGAACGGGCCUCUGCUCUUCUGCCUUUGGAGAAUCGUUUGUGGGUUCCCCAACCCCUGGAAUAUUUCUGCCCUCUCCCCAGCUGGAGACACUCUUGCUUGCCCUUCCACCAGCGAAGGGAGAUGCCUUGCCUUGGGAGAAAGGGGGAAACUGUUGUUGGAGGGGGCGGGAAACGACGAUCGAGGGUGGGGGGGGCAUCACCACGUCUUUGUUCCCAAGAUCUUCCUGCUUUUAAUAAAGACCCUCAAACAA